GAUGGGCUGUAAUUGCCUUUAUUCUUCCAGGGAAGAGAAAAGAGAGCCCUGGUGGUAGUGAACUUGCAGUCGCCUCCCUCUCCUCCGCCGCGCCGCCUCCUCUAGAACCCUCCCCAUGGCCGACGCCACCGCCGCCCUCUCAGCUCGGAGCAAGGUGCAAGCUUUCCUGGAAGCUGCACGCGCCGGCGACCUCGAUUCCGUCAAGAAGCUCGUUGCGGCGCUCGACGAGGAGGGCAAGGGCGCCGCCGCCGUUGCUGCCGCCGUGCGGGACGCCAACAAGCGCACCGCGCUCCACUUCGCCGCACGCGAGGGCCGAACCGACGUCUGCGCCUUCCUCAUCGACCAACUCGGCCUCCCCGUCGACCCCAAGGACGAUGACGGUGAAACUCCACUCAUCCAUGCUACGCGGCAGGGCCAUCUGCACACUGCACAGUAUCUUCUUGACCAUGGAGCCAAUCCUUCAGUGGCUACUAGUCUUGGAGCCACAGCGCUACAUCAUGCUGCAGGAAUAGGGAACAUAGAGCUCAUGAAGCUUCUUCUCUCCAAGGGAGUUGAUGUUGAAUCAGAAAGUGACGCCGGUACGCCCCUCGUAUGGGCUGCUGGUCAUGGACAACAGGAUGCAGUCAAACUUCUGCUUCAACACAAUGCUAAGCCAAAUACUGAAACUGAUGAUGGUAUCACGCCAUUGUUGUCUGCUGUCGCUGCAGGCUCCCUUCCAUGCUUGGAGGUUCUAAUCCAGGCAGGUGCAGACCCAAAUAUCAGGGCUGGUGGAGCAACCCCAUUACAUAUUGCUGCAGAUAGUGGAAAUAUGGAAAUAAUCAAAUGCUUACUUAAAGCUGGAGGUGACCCAAAUACUUGUGAUGAUGAUGGACUAAAGCCGAUACAGGUUGCUGCUUUGAGAAAUAACCGUGAAGUUGUAGAACUUCUUUUACCAUUAACAUCCCCAAUUUCCGGUGCUUCAAAUUGGAACGUUGAUGGAAUUAUAGAAUACACAUUGUCUAAAGAUGUUGAGGAAAAGGUCCAAGUAAAGGAAGCCACACCUCUGAAAUCAGCCAGCUUACCCAGACCACAACUUGUUGAGGUGUCGUCAGACGCAAAAAGGAGAUCCUUGGAAGCCAAAUCAAGAGGCGACGAUGCCUUCCGAAGAAAAGAUUACCUUGUAGCAGUAGAUGAUUAUACACAGGCUACGGAGUUGGAUCCAAAUGAUGCCACAGUGCUCUCGAACAGAAGCCUUUGCUGGCUGCGGGCAGGGCAAGCUGAGCGUGCCCUGGAGGAUGCGAGAGCCUGUCGAGCAUUGCGGCCAGAUUGGGCGAAAGCUUGCUACAGGGAAGGUGCGGCGUUGCGCCUGUUACAGAGGUUUGAUGAAGCCGCAAAUGUGUUCUAUGAAGGCGUGCAACUUGAACCGGAGAACAAAGAGCUUGUCAGCGCGUUCAGGGAGGCUGUUGAAGCCGGGAGAAAGUUCCAUGGGACGGACAAGCCAAAUCCAACACGAUGAGGCCAUGAAACAGGAGGAACUCAAGUUGUACUUUGACGAGGAGCUCAAGUUGGACGAGCAGGAAUUUUUUAAGUGUAGCCCCAGUUUGAUGAGAUGAUGUUAAGGAACUGAAGUUGGACGACCAGGAAUCCAACACAAUUUGUUUUGUGGGGGAGGGAAAAGGACUGAAACUGGUGAAUUUGACAAAUUUUGUGAUAUGGUUUUGCCAUGUUUCGGUUAGGCA